CCAAUCAUUCAUUUAGAGAAUUAUGGCUUUGCCUGAAGCAUUUACAGCAUCGUUCGAUUACUUUAGAGAGGCGCUAAGUUUUUUGGAAAAAUAUGCUUGGAUCUAUCAAAAUGCUAAUACAUGUUUCUUGAAGGCUGGAACACUUGAACAAAUGCCGCAAACUUUUCGAAAUUACUUUAUGCAAAUCGAUAACAAUGAAUUGAAUACUUUCCCAUUGAUUCAUCAAUCUUUCAAUGCUUUAACAAUUCCGGAUUUGCUGGAAUUUCGUGAAAAAGUUGCUCGGCUAACUCCGUUGCAGGCUUGUAGAGAAGUGGAGGUAGAAGGAGAAAUGAAUUCAUCUCUAACACGAGCACGAAAAUUGAAAUCGAAAAAACAACAUGAAAUAAUUAAAUUAACUAGAAAAAUUAAUGAAAAUCUUAACAAAGAAGGCAUAGCUGCCGAGCGAUACAUUCUCGUGGAUUUUGGUGCCGGUUUGGGUUAUUUAGGCGAAAUGUUAUAUGAACUCAAUCAUAAUUAUCGUAUAUUGGGUUUGGAGACGAAUUCUUAUCGUAUUAGAAAAGCAACACAGCGCUUCGAAGAGACGAAAAAAAUAAGUGAAAGCAGAAGUUCAAUAAUUUAUACACAACAUUACAUAACCGAAGAGUCUUCAGCUUUUAUUGAAAAUGCUAUUAUGGAAAAUUUCAAAUAUAAUUAUGCCACGGCGGAGAAAUUGAAAGCAUCAACAAGGCUGGCCAUAAUUGGUUUACAUGCUUGUGCCGACUUGACUAUUACUUCGAUGAAAUUAUUUUUUAAAAUGCCUCAAGUCGAUCAUUUGAUAAUUAUGCCCUGUUGUUAUCAUAAAUUGGAAAUGUGUAAUACAACCUUUAAAUUUCGUAAUUUUCCUUUAAGUGAGGCUUUUAAAGAUGCUCUGCACAAUGCUCAAUCGCAUACUGUUGACAAUAAUUAUGUCAGAUAUUUAAAUCGUCCCUUUUUACGCUUGGCCUGUCAACAAACAAGUAAACGGUGGAGUAAAUGUAGUUCGGAGUAUCAUCGAUUACAUGGCAUUGAAAUGUUUUUAAGAGCAUUAGCCGAAGCUAUUAUAGAUGAAAGCGAAACAAUACAUAAAUUUAAAAGCAGAAAGCCUUUAGAUUUGUCAUUAUUAAAGGACUUUAAAGAAUUCCGUCAAUUAUACGAAUUAAGAGAAAAAACGACUAAUGUUACAUUGCGUUGGCGAGUAGAGCAUGAAAAGCGUUAUAAAGCAUUUUUGCGAAAAUAUGAAAAUUGUGAUGGCAGUAAAUUGGCUGAAGGAUUAAUUUGCUUACAAACAACCAUGCAGAAAAUGUGCGAGAAUCUGGUGCUAUAUGAUCGGUUAUACUAUAUGCAAGAACUUGGUCAAAAUUUACAAAUGAGAAUACAAGUGCAUUACGAAAAGUUACUUGAUGAAGAAUUAUCGCCGCGUUGCCACGUAUUAAUCGCCAAAAAACUGCAAUAG